CCGUGUCAGCUAACGGGAACUAGCUCGCUGUGACAGCCUCAGUGACACCGGUCGAGGUGUUUCCACCUGCAGCGUCGUUCCGGUGUUAAAGUCAGACAGGGUAACUCCGAAACUCAGCGUCCACAGUGGGGUCCUGUCUGUCGACUCGAAGCUCCCUCACCGCCCCUUGGUUCUACCCGCUGAUCUCGUCCUUAAAUCGGCCAGGUGUUGCCUCCUCCAGCCCCAUUGUGGAUCUUUAGCCCCUCCGGCAGGACAGUGGCAGAGCCAGAGCCAGACCCAUCGGGGACCAGACCAGCAGGCAGCAGGGCUCCAUGAGUGCGACGGGGCAGCAGCAAGGGGGGGGCCUGCGUUCUCGCCGAAGCCUUGGCCGGGAGAAGGAACCCGGGCAGGGCAUGGGCAUGGAGGCGGCCUGCUGGCUGGCCCCCGGAGUGCUGCGCAGGCUUAUCGAGCUGCCCUCACCCCCCCUGUCCCGACACCAGCUCAAGAGACUCGAGGAGCACAGGUACAGCAGUGCUGGCCGCUCCCUGCUGGAGCCUCUGAUGCAGCGCUACUGGGAGUGGUUGGUGGGACGAGUCCCCUCCUGGAUCGCCCCAAACCUCAUCACCAUCAUUGGCCUCGCCACCAAUGUCUUCACCACCCUCGUGCUCGUCUACUACUGCCCCACUGCCACCGAACAGGCUCCUCUCUGGGCGUACCUGCUCUGUGCCGUGGGUCUGUUUAUCUACCAGUCACUGGAUGCCAUCGACGGGAAGCAGGCCAGACGCACCAACAGCAGCUCUCCACUGGGGGAGCUGUUUGACCACGGCUGUGACUCCCUCUCCACCGUGUUUGUGGUGUUGGGAACCAGUAUAGCCGUUCAAAUGGGAACCAACCCAGACUGGAUGUUCUUCUGCUGCUUCGCCGGGAUGUUCAUGUUCUACUGCGCCCACUGGCAGACAUACGUGUCAGGAACUCUGCGCUUCGGCAUAUUUGACAUAACAGAGGUGCAGAUCUGUCUAGCAGGAUUACAGAUGCUCACAGCCUCUGUGGGUCCUUCUCUGUGGAACAUGAUGAUUCCGAUCCUAAACGUCCAGAUGAAAAUGGUUCCGGCCAUCUGCACUUUUUUAGGAGCCAUCUUCUCCUGCACCAAUUACUUCAGAGUUAUUUUCACAGGAGGUGUGGGCAAAAACGGAUCCACAAUAGCAGGAACCAGCGUCCUCUCCCCAGUCUUACAUAUUGGUUCGGUUAUAAUUUUGGCGAUGAUGAUUUACAAGAAGUCUGCAGUCCAGCUCUUCGAGAAGCAUCCGUGUCUUUAUAUCCUCGCGUUUGGCUUCGUCUCGGCCAAAAUCACCAAUAAAUUAGUCGUAGCGCAUAUGACAAAAAGUGAGAUGCAUCUCCACGAUUUAGCCUUCCUGGGACCAGGACUACUGUUCCUGGAUCAGUAUUUCAAUAGUUUUAUUGACGAGUACCUGGUGCUAUGGAUUGCAUUGAUCAUUUCCUUUUUCGACUUGGUGCGUUACUGUGUCAGUGUUUGCAACCAGAUUGCCUGCCAUCUUCACAUUUUCGUUUUCAAAAUCAAGCCUUGUUCGGUGCUCAGCUCCGCUCCUCACUGAGGACUCGCCCGGCGGCGGCGGCGGCAACGGCCAUUACUGACUCUGUCCCUCCUCCCUGUUAGCCGCACUCAUCUUCUCCUCCCGCUGUUUUCCACGUAGAGACGCAGAGGACGGCGACGACGACGUGGUGUAAAAGUAUGUGCUUCUGCCAACUGAAUGUGAGGACAAAUAAUAUAUACUAAGAUACUGGAGUAUUACUGUCAUUGUUUUCCUUUUUCUUCAUCUUCUGCCCGUUAAUAAGAAUCUUCUGACAGACUGACGGUGACGCACAGAGCGGAUGUUUUCAGGAGAGUACGGGUGCUACUCAGUCUGUUCACAGAGGAGUUUUAACUGUCGCAAAGAACAUGUAUAGGAAACCAAUCAAACUCUUUGCUUACAUGAUUAUAAUUUUUGUAACAUUUGCAUAACUUUACCUUUUUGCUAUUGUAAAUACCAAAACUGUCACUGUGUGUGUGUGUGUGUGUGUGUGUGUGAGUGAGUGUGAGUGUGUGUGUGUGUGUGCGCUUAAAGUUACAAAUCCUGCUCGGACACAUUUAUAAAUCUUUUCCUUCAUGUUUUUGAUUUUUUUUUUUUUUUUAAACGACUCGCACAUUUCACUCACUUGUCAGCAGCUUGUGUUUUAGGAGGAAACAUGAUGUAAACGUUAUUUCUUUACAUAUCUGAAUGUUCUCAUCGUAAGGAAAAAAGAAAAAGCUGCAGAUGUUUUCUCUGCCUGUUACGUCAUUGAGAGUUCUUUUAGGGUUCCUCCAAUCUGUUGGGAUUGUGUGUAUUUAUUGUCAUAUGUGAGUCACAUUAUGAAUUGAGUUUGGUAGGUCGACGCUCAAAGGAGGGUUUAUUGCCUUGACACUUUAUUUUAUGUAAAUGAGACGCGACGCGCCCAAAAAAGGAAAAACAUUCUCGCGUUACAAAGUUAUGGAAACUCAAAGGUCCGAUACGUCUGCUACGGAUCAAACGUUCAGAAGUGAGAGCCUUUCUCACAUUUUACAGUUACUGAGGAAAAGAUUGUUUUAAAGUGGAGCAGCUGUGAGUUAGUUAAACUCUCCGUCUGAUGUUUUAGUUUCACUUCCUGCUCUCUUUUACUUUACGUCCCUCGUCUUCUCAUCGUGUUGUUUUUAUUAUUUAGUGUCAAUAAAUCCCAUGAAAAUAGAAAGUAGAGCGCUGCAGGAAGAAGAGCAAAGACCCAGAGCUCACAUGAACUGAUCAGAUUCUUCUGAUUGGAUCGAGUCUUAAAACCAGGAUGUUCAAAAGAAGAAAAAGAUUAGAAAACUGGAUAAGUUCAGGUAAUUUAAUUUUUUUUCUUCUUGAUAACACCUCCAGUUUGUGAUAAAACGUUGUAGUAUGAUCUUGAUAACUUUGACCCCCCCCCCCCCUCAAAGACUCUGAAUGAUCCUGAGAGGACUGGAUCCAGUCUGGAUGACAAAAACAAAACUGAGAAUUAAAUAAAAAAUUGUCAAAUGGUCAAACAAAACAAAAAAAACUUUUCUGCAGUGAUGUUGAUAGUUUAGAAGUUUUUUCCUUGUUUAAGUUGACGUCACAUUGGAGGGGGGGAGGAUAAAACAUUUUACUAAGGGGUGCCUGUUGUCUAGUGGUUGGUGUGUCGACCCAUGUGCAGGGGCUGUAGUCCUCAGGCGAGCAGCUGCAUGUUGUUCGCGACUCUCUCCCUCUGAUGUCUGUCUCCUGUCUCAGCACAAAAAGCCCCAAAAUACACUUUAAAAAAACAUUCUACUAAAUAGUGUUCAUUUAAAAACAUAAAAUUUCAUUUAAAGCAGCACUGACACCUUCUCAGUUAGUGUGGAUUUUGCGCCCUCUGUGGACAAAGUGCAGUAUUUCGUUCUAUUUAUUGUAGAGCAUUAGACAAUCAUUAAAAGUCUGUAUCGAGAUCAGGUGGAUCCUGUCCUGGUUUUCUUUGAUAAAACUGGACAAAAGUGAUCUGGAUUACCUGAUCCUGAUCAGUCAAACAAUUUGAUUUCCAAACCCGGGUCCUUCUCAUCCUGAUGAAACCUUUUGAACCUUUUGGCCCUGGAGAAAGUGUUAAGUAAAUGUUUUUCUUCUUCUUUGGGUAACCUGAACAUGACUGAAAUGCGAGCUGUGAUUAACACAAGCGUCUGAGAAUUUAAUUUAUCUUUUCAACAAUAUAAGAUACGUCGAGGCAGGCGUGAAGAAGAAGCAACUAAACGAUCGUCACGCUGAACAAAACGAAAAAUUUGGAUGGGGACAAUGUUGAAUUUCGACCGACUGCGUUGUAGUUUUCUUAUCGUUUUACUUCCAGGGAUCACGAUUCUUUAAAAUUAGUAGGAGCGAUUAUAUAAGUAUGGUUCUGAACAAAACAUUUGAGUAUCACAAAGAUCAGGUUUCAUUCUGAACAGGAUGGAGAAGUACAGUUGUUUGUGUUUUCAUGGGAUUUAUUGACAUUUAAAACCUUAAAAACAAACGUGUAACUGUCGUCUGUUUAAACAUCUCAAGCCUUCCUCCUGAACAAACUCACUUCAUAAAAGUUGAUGUUAGGGUGCCGGUAACCUAGUGGUUAGUGCGCGCACCCCACGUACGGAGGCUGUAGUCCUCCAAGCGGGUGGCCCAGGUUCAAAUCCGACCUGUGGCUCCUUUCCCCUCGCUCUCUCUCCCUGAUUUCCCGCUCUUAUUUACGCUUCUAUCUCUGAAAAGACAAAAAAGUCAUCUUUAAAAAAGCUAAUGUUUAAUCUGCUUGACAUUGUGUUUCCUCUCAAACACACCUGCUGAUGGAGAACAGGUGCACAUAGACUGAAUGUGUAGGAGAUGAGGUCACCGUGAUGACAUCACAGUUUCUGAGGGGCGGUUGCUGACGGAACAUAAAAACAUGUUAGUUUGGCGUCGCUGCUUUUCUGAUACAGUCGCACGCCUCCAACAGAGCGCGUGCUUAAUGUUGCUGCUGCUGCUGGAGAGACUCCGCAGCGAGGGGGGCGGUUGCUAAGAAGAACAUAAUGCUCGUUCUUAACGACAGAGUUAAGGUUUUUGUUUUCGCAUAUUGUGCCUGUUUGAUGAGUUUAUGUUUUGUCACGUGCACACCGGGUACUGAGCAGCUAGAGUUUGUGUGAAAAUAUUGGAGAAAAAAAACAAAAAAAACUCAACGCCGAGAGCAGACUGAUGUGAGACUGACCAGAUGUGUUCCGGUGCAGGCUGCUUUUUUCAUAAACCGCAGUGAUCUGAAAGCAGCUGUUCCCAUCUACAUACCCCCCCGCCCAGUGUUAAAGGGUCGUUUCCACAAUUCACACAAACAUCGUCCUCAAAUGCCUUGGGGUUGAAUUAUUAUAACGUAUUAGAAAAUAAUCAAGAAUGUUACACAGUAUAUAAAAUAAAGAUGUAAUAACCUGAGAAGAAAAAGUUGUAUUUCAUGUAACUGUUAUAGAGUUUAAAAAGUCAUAUCCCAUAUUAAGUUUGAUUUCACAAUAAAACGCUGACAGAAGGUAACAUGAACUGGCCGUCGAUAUUUUAAAAGAUGUAAUAUAUUGAUCAUUAAAGUGAUACUUUGUGGUGAAAAAAACAGACGUGAUAGUUUGACUAAAGCGUUUAAAUUAUUCAGACUUUAUUAGUUUAAAUUUAUUACAAGAAAACAUUUGAAAUGUCUAGAGGGAAAGUUUAAUAUAUUUUAAAAUAUAAUUAGAAAAAAGUUUGAUUACAAACCCAACGGUGAAUAAAUGAUCGUGUGUAAAAACCUACAGGACAGAAUUGUGAGAACAAUUAAGAGAUAAAAGUCAAUUGCAUGUUUCAAAAACAAUUUUUUUUUUUUUUUUUUUAAAGGUCACAUAUUCAAAAUACACUCUUCUCUAACUCUAACAUGUGUCUCUAGUCUGAGAAUGAUGAGAAAAGUCCAUCCUCUCCGUCUUUUGCCUGCUACACUUUUCAGAAAAUGUGUGCUCAAACAGGCCGUUUGGAGAUUUUCCCUUCAUGACAUCACAAAGGGCAGUAGCCCCUCCCCCAGGUGGGUGACACGCCCACAGCUAGGUGUUUGUUCUGCCCUCUGAGUCUGCCUUCUGACCGUAAACAAUAGGGCAUGGAGCAAGAAAGCCCGAGUACCAAGCCCUUCCAGAGAGGGGGCGUGGUCAGACACAGCUCAUUUACAUAUUUAAAGGUACAGACACAGAAACAGCCUGUUCUGAGCAGGGCUGAAAUAGAGGGGUUUAUAGGCAUGAUCAAAUACAGGAUCAGAGUGGAUUUAGAACAAGAAACUUCAUAGACAUGUUUUGGGAGUGCUGAGACUUAUUUACACUGGUUGAAGAGGAGGAGAAUAUGUGACCUUUAAUAAUAAAAAUACUGGGAUUGAAAGAUGAGGAAAAGCUGAUCUGUUAAGUGGAUCGAGUUUUAACCUUUUGUGAGCUUUUAUAAGCCAGAACAAAGCGGGGGAUUUUCAGGAUUUUGUGGCAAUAAAUAAUCAAUAAAAUGUAAAACUAUCUGAACGAUUUAAUCCGCCUUUGUUUUAGUUUAGAAGAAAAAACAAAAAAACUCCUUGAGAAUCAUGUGAACGGAGCGUUUAAAGGAUCUCAGUGUUUAUGUCCCUAAAGGUCCGAUUUGUGUUAAUGGAUGACUUUGGCGUUCAUGAUGUGGUACAAAAUAUCUACAGUUAUUCCUAUGUCACAUUUCAUUAUUUAUCUUUUUUUUAACUCAGUAAAAGUAUGUCUGUUCACUUUUGUUGUUUAUUUGGAGGUGAAGCCCUAACCUGCAUGUGUACCAUGCUGCUGUACAGUUUGUAUUAAAGCAGGAGAUUUCUUAUGUUUAACCCUCAACUCGACAACUUCUCAAAGAAAAAAAAGAAAAAACUGUGAUACAACUUUAACGGCUCAUUAGUUACUGAUCGUACUCGCGUUCUUAGUAAAAGUUUGCCUUAAAAUCGAUUAGCUUAGUUUUUGUUUUGUACAGAGAAGAGCAUGUUGUCAUUGUGUGUGUCUCUGCCGUCUUUGUGUAAAAGUUUGUCUUCUGUUGGCCAGACUGCCCAGCUCAGGUAUAUCACCAGUGUGCAGGACAGACAAGUGUGUAAGAAGAGGACAUUAACGAGAUCACCUGAAAAUCUCUCCUUCACCUUCAAAUGCAAAUAAAUUUCAUACUACCACCUGGAACAA